AUGUCGAGAAAUGAAAAUAGAAAGGCACAAGCGCCGGAGAAGUCCAAUUUUACCCGGAGAUGUACCUUGCUCAGCCGUUACUUGAAGGAGAAGGGUAGUUUUGGGAAUAUUGAGCUUGGGUUGGUCCGAAUGCCCGAUUCCAAUCUCGGGUUGCCCGGAAACUCCGAUCUACCAAAUACUUUCUCUACUCCUCUCUCACAGGUCGCCACUGGGAACACAAACGCAGAUUCGGACAUCAAAUCCCUCGAUUUCUUUCAGACAAUUUCGAAAGGCGAACCCUUUACCUCAUCCGGAAGCAAAGCCAAAAUUACCAGCAGUGAAGCAGAGGCAGGAAGUUCCCAGCUGACAAUAUUCUUUGGAGGAAAAGUUUUGGUAUACAAUGAGUUCCCUGAAGACAAAGCUAAAGAGAUAAUGGAAGUAGCAAAACAAGCCAAACCUGUGAGUGAGAUUAACAUUCAGACACAACUCAAUGUCGAAGACAACAACAACAAAAGCAACUCUGUUCUUCCUGAUCUAAACGAGCCCACAAAUUCUGCGGAUAUCAAUCAACAACAACAGAAUCAGCUUGUGGAACGUAUAGCACGUAGAGCUUCGCUUCAUCGAUUCUUUGCUAAACGAAAAGACAGAGCUGUGGCUAGAGCUCCAUACCAAUUUAACCAAAACAUGGGUCGUCAUCAUUAUCCUCCCAAGCCAGAGACUGUACCCGGUCAACCACUAGAGCCGGGACAGUCGUCACAACAACCGGACAAUGCUGUUGCUCAAACCGUGUCCCAUCCUAAACCAGAAGGUGAUGAAGAUUUCUUGAUGGAAGUUGAAGAAGAAGGCCAGUGUUCGAAAGAUCUCGACCUUAGGCUAUGCCGCUCACUCGUUCUACCCUCAGUAGAUGUGCAUCAACACGGGCCUGGUGUACGCUUUACAUCGUACGCGGUACUCGGUGAUGAUGUUGUCAUUGCCGAUCAGGAAGUCGCCAAAGUCUAUGAAUCUGCUUUGGGCGAGAAGCUAGGGCCCAAGUAG